AUGUACUAAAUAACAUUCUCAAACAUAGAGCACACCUUGACAUCUUUGGAAAUAUAGAUAAGUCAAUUGAGUGAGGACAUCCCCAUCAAGGAUAACGAAAAAUGGGUGGAUCUCUGCGGCAACAAGCAAGUGUGGUUGAGGUGCAUUUACGAUCAGAAUUCUUAACCAAUCACAUCUCUAACUAUAAAAGAAUUAAAAGUUGAAGACAAUGAAUUAAAAAUACCAUUAACAGAAGACAUCUAUCCUGUGCCAAUCAAGCGUAAAUUCGAUUAGCUCACACAUCAAUUCAAGGGAAUCAAUAAUGGGUAUUCCUUAUAUUAAGGAUUUUAUGACAUCUCCCAAUACACAGAUCAAUAAUAAAAAAAAAAUCAUCAUCUCGUCCUAUGCUAUAAGACCCAGAACUAAAACAACUAUCAGCAACCAAUUUGUGACAUCCAAAUGAUAUUGGCAGAUAAAAUUGAUAAGAAGAAAUACACGUCCUCAUUCAGCGACAUGAGACUAGUGAUCCCUAAGGAUUUUCAUGCAAUUCAAUUUCCAUUAAGCAACUUUCGCUUCAUCAUUUUCAAAUAAAAAUAGUCCCCAUUCAAAGUAGCUUACAUGCCCAAAAUAAUUGAUAGAUAUCCUCUAGUAGAUCAUCAUGAGAGUCCGUUAUCUCACAUGAUAACUAUGAUCCCAAUGUUUUGUUUUCCGCAAGGCAUAUACGUUGAGAAAAGCGAGAUAGAUCCCAUCUCUAAGGGUCAAUAAAUCUUCAACUUUGUAUUGACAUCAGAAACUGGAAAAAGGACAUAUUGUAUAUGUUUGAUUUUUCAUGAAAUCAUACCUGCAGAUAUAAUGGAAUAAUUGGGACAUAUAGAUAAACAAUAGUUAAUUUGCUAUCCUAAAUCAUUGUGCUUACUGAGUUCGCAUAAUUACCCUGAGUAGAUGAGAGAACUGAUCAAAUAUAUUUACAGAUGCUCACUCUCUAAAAACAACAUCCCAAUUGAGAGUACAAUAUGCAACAUCAUCAAUAAGAUUAAAUUCCCUCAGCAGAUCUUUGAGUAAGAAAAUAUAUGCUUGAAGUAUGUAUUGCCUUCCUAUGAUAUCUGUUUUUACACCAAUUACAAAUAUCCAGUAGGAUACAAUGAGGCUUUGGAAUGUCUGUUCAGAUUAUUGGAUAUAAACAGAAUCAUAAACAUUUACAGUGCAAUUCUAUUGGAGAAGAAGAUACAUUUUAUUUCAAAUCACUUAUCAGUGCCAGGACUGGUCAUCGAUGCAUUUUUAUAAUUAUUGUUCCCAUUUCAAUUCACGUCUAUUUUGAUUCCAGUCUUGCCUGAUAGUUUGAGAGGGUAUAUUGAGGCUCCUGUGCCUUUCUUGAUCGGAUAUAGCCAAAAGAACAUAAUAGAGCAGAAUCAGCAUACUUAGGUUGACAGUUUGUAUGUGUAUUUGGAUACUAAUUUUAUUGUGAAUUGCGAAAAUUUAACUGCUAUACCUGAAAAAGCCUUAAAGAAACUAAAAUCUAGUUUAAAGCCUUUCAAUAAUUUAUUUAAUGAUGAUUACUCGAAACAAUACUUAAGAAGAGUAGAUUAGGCUUAUCAUAUUUAUAUGGAUGAUGACAAUUACGAUCCUGAAUUCAAUAAAAACAUAGAUUGGUAUUAAAUAAGAAAUGCAUUUUUAGAAUGUAACAGUAUUCUAAUGAAGCAAUAUAAAAAAUACAUUAUUUCCAAUUCAAAUAAUGAAGGUGAUUUCACUGAGAUCUUCUAGGUUCAGGGUUAUUAUGAUCAUUGGAAGAAGGAUAAAUUUAUUUAAUAAUUCAUGGAAACAAGAAUAUUCCAGUAUUUCAUCUAAGAACGCAUAAAGUUCAGUGAAAAUGAAUCACAAUACCAAUUCUUCGAUAAAUACAUAGAGGGCAAGGAUCAGAAACUGAAAUUCAUGCUCCCAAAAUAAAUAAUCGAAAUUUAAGUGCCUGAUGAGGACUAACUCACAGACACCAUUCAUAAAUAUGACAAGUUUCCAUAAUUGAAUCACGAUCUUAUGAAGGAUUUCUAAGUAGAUGAAUAGGAGAUAAAUCAAGAAAUAUUACAAGAAGACAUUCCUUAAUUGGAUCAGUAGAAAUGGUCAAAGUAUUUGUUAGAAACCAUGUACAAGAUUUGGUUCUUAAUUUUUAUUGUCAACGUGAGGAAUAAUCAAGACAACAAGAUAUUCCAACAGAUGACUGAAGUAGCAAUCUUAGUCUUGGAGUACAUGAGAGAAAAACAUUUGAAUUUGACUGAGAAACUAUUUCGAUAUGUACUAGAAUCAUGUGGCUAUUUUCAAAUGGAUUCAAAGGCUUUGUAUUUAGUGAAGUUAAUGAAAGAAAUCAAAUUGGAAGCAUCCCCAGCAACUCAUGGAGUCUAUUUCUAAGCUGUAGCCCAAGCGAUGAAUCAAAAAGGAUUGCCAAGUGAUCAACAACAACCCUAGGAAAUUCACCAAACAGAUGUAGUCUUAUUGUAAAGAAAUGAUGGAUAAAAUGCUUAUACUAAUUCAGUAUACUCUCUACAUUCCAACUGUCCAAGUUGCAAGAGGAAAUUGCAUUUUGAAGAGAUCCUAGAUUCCUAUAGAAAGAGUUACUAUGAGAAUACCAUUGAGUGUUUGAAGAUCAAUUAGGGUUGUGGGUCCACUUUCAUACCCAAAAUACAAAUCACAUUCUAUUAAGAGGAAAACCCAAUUGAGGCCGAAUUGUAUGAUAUUUACAAUCCGAUACAAAUACUCAAGAAUCUUGAGAACAUUGUUAACAUCAAAGGAGAUGCUUUCUUGAUGAGUGACUAAUUCGAAAAACAGUAUAAGAAUUUAUAUGUUAAUGUCAUAUUUUAUAUCAGACUAGUGAAGUUGCCAUAUUGCCAUUUGGUAAAAUUGUAGGAUACAAACGAACUGUAAAGCCAAGUUGAUUAGACAAUGAAGAUGUUGCAGAUGAAGAAGUCAAAAACCAUUUUCUAAAGAGUGGCUCAAGAAUUUGAUUAGUACAGAGGAAAGUUGUCUUAGCAAGGAGAUUCAUCGGGAAACUCAAGUUCAAAAUUCAAGUAGGAUGAUUACAAUACAGCAUAAAACUAUGGGAGCAAAUAUAUGAAGAAAAUGUUCUCAUCUCUUAUUAAUGAUUAAUUUUCACUCCAGAACAAACGACAAAGCUCAAGCAAUUUCUAAUCAUUACAACAGUUUGAUGAGACCAAAGCCGAAAGCCCAAAAUGA